AUGGGUGAUACUUACUAUGGGAGUCAUGGCGUACUACCAUCACCCAAACACCUGCCUAUAACGGGACGGAUGACGAGCAAGGAUGUCAAACUUUUUAUCGAGAGAGCAAUGAGACCUGUCUUAGACCUGCGUAUAGGAGAAUCGAAGAGAGAAGAUGCGAGGAUUAUCGUCGCCAUCGGCGACUCGAGGGAGGGCAAACGCGAGAGUACUCAGACCCAACUCUUACAUCUAGGGUCCGAUUCAAUCCCUGAGCCGAUGGUUCAUCGACCCGACGACUUGACCCACCUUGAGGUGACAGUGUGGAAGCAUGAGUCACUAUGCUCCGAACGCACACAGGAGCUAAAGGCAGAAAUAGCAAAUGUAGCGAAGCAAACUGCUAUCAUUCGAAGUGACGAGGAACUUAUGGCACUCUUUGCAGCGUACAAAGAUUCUCAGGCUGUUGUUCUAGAGACGGUAGCACCUGUACACAGGCUGGCUCCAUGUCCUGCUUGUCGAUUCUGGUAUCUAUCUGAGGAUCUCUACUGGUGUCUGGGCCAGCCACCCCAUGCUGCCUCUCUUCGCCAAACCCAUCUCCACUCUCCCCUUCCCGUAGCAUGUACAACUUGUCAUCAACUUCAAACGGACACACCGGAAUGCCGGGAAGACUGUGAUCAAGGACGGGCAUUAAGCCCACAAGUGCGCCCACCAGAAAAUGGCCUAGCCAAACAAGAAAUCUUCCUCUCGGGCCUGGCUGCGGAGUCAGUUUCGAAAAAGGUCCGGAUACAGAGGACCUUGAUGGAUGAGUUUAUUCUAGCGUCAUCAGACGGUAAUCCAGUGUUCCCCCAAUUGAUGAAACCUUUCACGGAAACAGAGGGUAGAUUCAAGCAGUGGGUUGGCAUCGUAGAACUCGGUAAUUACCUGCCACGCCGAGCAAUUCUCGGACCCCUCCUAGCUCUAGGAUGCGCAAAAAUCAUUCACAUCCUUUACGUCUUGUGGAUUCUCUUGAUGAAUUCGCAUACAAAUAACUCCUGGGAAGUCAUGCACACUCCACGGCGAGCGCUAGAGGUCAAUUACAGAGGACUUGGGGUAAAAGAUCAGCGAUGCAGAACAUCGGGUGGCGCGUGCCGCCGCGGCGCUGCUAACAAUGCAGGUUGCAUUACUGUGGAAGAACUUGCAGUACAUGGCGGUCCACGAUCUGUAUGCAAGGAGGUAGAAUCUCGACUGGCAGAUGCAGUCGAGGCCAAGGACAAAAUGGGGAGCAAGUCAUCCGUAAAAGUGGACAGGAUGUGCGAGCUUUCGAAAUCGCCAGACACCCUCGGCCACAGCACCGAAUUAGAGGAAACCUGGCAAGCAUUCAUUUAA